AUGUCUCUGUGCACACUCCAAUCCCUGCCUGUAGCUUAUUGUAUUAUUGCAUCUGUUCGAGAAUGGAGUAUUGAUGGAAUUCUUCAACACAUGCAACAUAUAUCAGGCAGAAGUGAGGAUGAAAAUAAAAGCUUGAAGGAAUCUAGCAAACUGAAGGAUAAUGCACUGUCAAAGCAAGAUAUACCGGAGGUAACAGCUGAAGCCAAGAAGAAGGCUGCUGAAGCGAAGGCCAGAGGUGAUGAUGCUUUUAGGAGGAAAGACUUUAUGGCUGCAAUUGAUGCUUAUACACAGUGUCCCUUGAUUUUGCUAUUUGUUACAAUUGACUUGGACCCAACUGAUGCAACAUUGCUUUCUAAUAUUAGUCUUUGUUGGAUACGUCUCGGCCAAGCUGAUCAUGCUUUAGCUGAUGCCAAGCUCUUAGGCCCGAUUGGCCCAAGGCUUGCUAUCGUCAUUAUCAAUUCACUAAUCUCACUUUCGGCUGGUAAUCAAUUGCUGCAGACAAUGGCUGCUGCACAAGUAAACCUUAUCGGCCACAAGGUGUUGACACACAGUGAUAUGUUGAAUCUUGAGAUUCAUAAUGUUCUCCAGCAGCACAUUCAUUUCCACGCCAACCGACAACAACUCGUUUUCGUCACUCCAGCAGGAGACUUCAAUGUGAGGGCGUCACUCAGAAACUCGAAUGAGGCUUUCCUCUGGCGCCAAGGCUGGCUAGCCUGUGCAGAUGCAAAUGGCUGGGAGAAGGAGUCCGAAUCUCCUUUUCAUUUGACCCAAAUGGCGUCGAAAACCGCUUUGUGGUUAUGUUGGCACCUGAGACUCCACCGGGUUCUCCUGUUCAGAAUGAGUAGCGGAAUAAUCUGCUUUUAUGUUUCUUUGCUGAGUACUAUUAAACUCUGUCAUUUGACUUUUGGAAUCCUCAAGAGUAUUUUUGAACUCUGUUGCUAUUUUUGUUGA